AAGUCUCGCGGUAUUUCCCGUGUUAUCUCUGCAGAGGAAGAAUCACGGAAGACGGGAAAGGUUUCCUGACGGAUCACCGGGCUAACCAGCUAACAAAGAUAACUUCCCGUUCAUCAGCGGUUUAAUCAGGUUCACCGGUUAGACAGACACCCGGACCGAAGAAACAAGAUGACAGCCGCACCUUACAACUACUCCUACAUCUUCAAAUACAUCAUCAUCGGUGAUAUGGGAGUAGGGAAGUCGUGUCUGUUGCACCAGUUCACAGAGAAAAAAUUCAUGGCGGACUGUCCUCACACCAUCGGGGUGGAGUUCGGGACGAGGAUCAUGGAGGUCCACGGUCAGAAGGUGAAGCUGCAGAUCUGGGACACGGCCGGUCAGGAGCGCUUCAGGGCCGUCACCAGGUCCUAUUACAGAGGGGCCGCCGGGGCCCUCAUGGUGUACGACAUCACCAGGAGGAGUACUUAUAAUCACCUGAGCAGCUGGUUGACAGACGCCAGAAACCUGACCAACCCAAACACAGUGAUCAUUCUGAUUGGUAACAAGGCCGACCUGGAGGCUCAGAGAGACGUGACGUACGAGGAGGCCAAACAGUUUGCAGAGGAGAACGGUUUGCUGUUUCUAGAGGCCAGCGCCAAGACAGGUGAGAACGUGGAAGAAGCCUUCCUGGAAGCAGCAAAGAGGAUUUACCAGAACAUCCAAGAUGGCAGUCUGGAUCUGAACGCUGCUGAGUCGGGAGUCCAGCACAAACCGUCUGCGCCACAGGGAGGCCGCCUCAACGCAGACAGCCAGCCGGCCAAAGAAGGCUGCAGCUGCUAACCACAGACACAAACUACAGACCCAUCAAACAGGCAGACAGACAGACGGACAGACAGACGGACAGAGGCAGACAGAUACGUACACAGAGAUCCACCAGGCGCUAACAGGCGCCUUCUAUCCAGAGUGUGUCAAACAGGAUUUAGCUGAAUUACACAGUCCAACCGCCUGUUGUUGAAUCCAGAUGUCAGUCCAGUACCCAAAAUAAGAUCCAAACAUCCUCCACCCGAUCAGUUUACCAGCUUUGGUUAAAUCAGGACUCCCUCCACCAAGUCCAUAAACUAUCCAGACAUCUGUGUGCCACUCAGAUUUGGAUCAGUGUUGGACAACACCCAAAUCAGGACCACCCUAGACCUUACCUGAACCACUCUCUGCUCUCAGUGAAGUAUAAAUCUUGACCACUCUUAGACCAUGAUGGGUCUCAGUCACUCUGCCCAUCACUAGACAUCCAUUUACCCCAAAACUGGACUACCCUGUGGACCUUUCAUGUCCAAAGCAUUGUUUGCCCAACUCAAGUGAGGGUUGUUCAAAUUAUGGAUUACCCUGGUCACACUUGUGAAAUACUGAUGACCCUAACCGACAAAAAACAGUUACAAGGCUCAAAUUUGAGUCAACCUACAGCCCAUAACUGGACUACACUUCACCCAAAGGGGUUGCCUUAGUUGGAUGUUGCAGUGGACAGAUCUAGAGCGGAGGCUUAAGAUGGGUUCCUGGUCCAAGUCAGCUCGCAUUCAGGCGUGUUUGACCCAAAGGUAGGCCAAGCGGGACCGUUCUAAACCUGGAAUAGGACACCUCUCAGCCCCUCUCCAGACCACCUUUUCUCUGGACCUCCCUCUGGACCCUGUCUCUUCCGAAUCUGGAGCCUGUCAUCUGGAGUCAAUUAUGGGUAGUCCCUCAAAAUUGAACUACCCUCAUUCCAAAUGCUUAAUGUCCAUGUCCCAAGAAACAAAAAAGAUACAAAGCUCAAUUUUGAAUCAACCUACAGCCCAGAGCUGGACUACACUUCACCAAAAAGGGUUGCUUUAGUUGUAAAUCUGGACAUUGCAAUAGACAGAUCCAGAGCCUAGGCUCAACGUAGGCUCCUGGUCCAAUUCGAGACUGCCUUCAGCUCACAUCCAGGCAUUCUUGACCCAAAGGUAGGCAACCUUUUUCUUGGACUACCCUAUGGACACUUCUAUUCCAAAUCUGGAGCCUGUUGUCUGGAGUCCAGAGUUGGUCAUCCAUCCAGUUUGGACUAACCUUGUCCCAAACUCAAAACACCCAUGUCCCAAGAGACAAAGAUAUGAAGCUUAAAUUUAGACCAACUUCAACCUUAAUCCGAUCUACACUGAUCUCCACCAAAAGGCUAUACACCUUAGUUCCAGCAGGUCAUUGCUAUGGACACAUCCAGAGCCUUGGCUCAAGGUGGACUGCCCUUGGUUCAAAGUGAAACCACCUUCAUCCUUAAAGUCAGAGGUAGGACAAGCUGGACUGAUCUAAGCCCAGAAUACCACGGCCCUUUUUCCAAGACUGGACCCACAUCAAGUGAGGGUAGGUGGGAAAUAUUCCAUUGGACAGUUCCAACUCCAGACAUUCCCUAUGGACAGAUUUAGAGCCCGGACUGCUCACUGAAAUCCAAAUCAAGGGUCACCCUCGGCCCAGAUCUUCAAAUCUAGACCUUAAUUAAGCUUUUAUCUGAUCUGCUACAAAUCGUCCAAAAGAUCGUCCUCAGCUCUGACGUUCACUCUUUGAUAUGAACUUUUGGAUUAACAGUUGUACUUACGUCUUAUUCGUGUGUGAUGAUAUCCCAUCAUUUGGAAAAGUCUUAAAAAUUCAUGCUUCAAUUCAUUAAUUCUAACACAGAGUGCCUGGAUGUCUGAACUCACCUUGGGGAUUCCCUCUUCCUCUGCUUGAGUUCAUGCAGUGGAACUCCUUGUCUCACUCGUUCCUAACGCAUUAGUUUCCAAACAAAAACAAGAAACCAGCUGCCCUUCGAACUUCUGACCCACUGUAUUUACACCGUGUCGGUAACGUGGAUCAGAGGAUCCAUCUGCACUGUAGAUGUUGAUGUGGAUCGGAGACUUUGAAUCUGUUGUUCUGGUGGUAAAAUGCGUCUCUGCAGGCGUUCCAGUCACACCUGGAGCUGAUGGUGUAAUUUUACUAACAGUCACCUUGAAUGCAGUUUAAAGGGUUACUCCAUGCUUAGCACCACUCAGCCUCUGAAAAGUACUUGUGUAAUGUCUUCUGUGGUUAUGGAGGAGCUCCCUGCGAAAUUAACUGGCCCCAGUUUGAAGACCCUCUCUAAUGAAACCGCAUGUUAACAAACAGCUGGUGCGCACUUUAAAGGUCGUGGGCAUUCACCAGGCGGACUGGGUUGACUGAAAGACGGUACCAAGUUGCUUUAUGAGAAUUGUAGGAUCCAGGGUUUCGGAGUUUGACCCAUAUAAUGUACUAAAAGUCUGGAUAUCUCCGCCUUCGCCGCUUCAGUCUUUCUUAAAUGUGUCUCUCACAAGUUCCCCAGUUUUAUGAAAGGGCGAUACUAAAAGCUUUAGUUUGCUUCAAAUAAUUAAGAUCAAUCAUGUCUAAAUCGUUGUACUCCUUUAAUCCAAACUUUAAGGAUGGGUCACAGAAAAGAUCGGAAAAUGCGAGAUCUCGGUAACUCCAACAUUGUGACCCGAUCCAGAACUGAGCUAGAACCUGAAACCCUACUGAAUCCAAAGUCCAGAAAAACGAGUGUCCAGAAAAAAGAGACACAAUCCGAAAAUUUCCUGAAGAUGCUUCGACCCUGUUGGACCAAUUUGACUGAACGUUAUCCAGACCCGGCCUUACUUGGGUCCUGGAUCUGGUCUCUGUUUCUAGGAACCUGAGUGGAUCUUCAAAGGCCAUUUAACAAACGUGUUCACAGACAGGAACUCUGAACCCAACAUCUCUGCAUCUCCACUCUUUGCCUUUUUUAAAAAUCUAAAAAAUUUUAACUGAAUGACUUAAAAUAUUACGAAUCCCCUAAAGUCCUGAAAGUUUAAAUUUUUAUUUUGUGCGCACAAGAUAAAAAAAAAUUCAUCUUUCAGAACUUCAGGGGCUUCAAAGAAAAUCAAUCGCUCUGUUGAGAGAUAAAGUUUAUGAUUGAUGAAGGUGAUGAUGAAGAAUAAAAUGACUUACCUGAACCAGAAUGUCACUACUGGUCCCGCCGUGGAUCAAAGUUCAGGAUAGAGUUUUGUUAGAUUCUUCUUGUUAAUGUUGAUUUUUUUCUUAUGUGUUCCCAAAUAUAUCUACAUAGUAUAUUUUCAAUGUCACAGUUCCCCCUAGUGGCCAUUAUCUGCGUCUCUCCUGGUUCAGUGCGUAUCGAGGGAAGCGACGUAGAUUCUUUUAAUUUAUUGCUGCCUGUUUUUGGUUUUCUUUUUAACGUCCAGUUGGGGUUUCACUUCACUCAAAUUCUGGUUCAGUACCGCUAAAUUAUCACACGUUUUAGCUAGCUCCGCUAAAGUUGUCACACAAAGUGACUGCGUGUGAAAGUUGCAAGAGAUCAAAAUCUUGGAGACAUGAAAAUGAAAAUGCAUAAAAUUCGGCCUUCCACCGUAACAUCAGACAUUUUCUGCACGUGUGAUCAGAUUCAGCUCAAAACGUUCAAGCCUUUACAACCUGAAGUGCUUUAAAUUUCACCAACUAAAUGAUUAAAUGUAAAAUUAAUUCAUGGUGUUUAAAGAGUGCAUUCCAGCACUACAAGAACCAGUUCUCCCAGUCUGUCUAACUGGAUUGGUCAGUAAAUUUUGUUCCUUAAGAAGCAUUCCAAAACAGCCAGCUACAAACCAGAAACAACAAAGUAGCUCCACUAAACUUUAUUUUAAAUGUUUUUUUUUUUUUUUUUGUGUGGUCACUAGAGAAAAACCAAAACAAGCCGACAGAUGCGCACACAGUAUAACACGUGAUGUCUCUGAGCUGAUACGACUGCUCUUGUUGAAAGAUAAUCGUCAGAUUUACACUAAAUUAAUCAGUUGUCCAGCUUCAGUUCAUGUCCAGUGUCUCUCCAGCAGGGAAAAUACGCAGUAAAAUAUUAUUCAGUUUACCGCUGAAACACCAAGGAGGAGUUAGAGGUUUUUAAAAAGUCUGAGAAAUGUUUUGAUUGAGUCCAAGAAGCCACAAAUGUCACCAACAGAUCGUCUGAUGAGUCAAAGUAUUAAAAUGAUAACUAGGGCUGUCAGACAAUUAAAAAAAAUAAUCUAAUGACCUGCUCUGUGAUUAACUAAUCUAAAUUAAUUGCAUACAUCAGUUUUUGCUGAAGUGUUUAAAAAAUUUCAGUUCAACUGAAUGUUGCCAGAUGUGUCGUAGUGAAGCUGCUGGAUGUUGGACACAGUUGUUCCCCUGUCCUCGACCAACCAAACUGUCUGCAGUCCAUUCUGUGAGGGAGUUAGUGAGUCGGUCACAGGUAGACUGACUCAGUCUGAACAUCUGGUCGAGCGUGACUUGACGAGGCUGGCUGCUAGCGUUAGCAUCAGAGGCUGUGUUAGCUCAGACCUCCGGGUUCGCUGCUAAAGUCUUUGUGUUGAGGUGAUGUUUCAGACUGACGUUCUCAACAGUGCUCUUAUCAACAGCUCCCUCUGGGCGUUUUUUAAAUGUAAAUGUUCCGUUCACGGGGCCGAGUAGCGUCAUCUCGUCUGCCUCCAUCAUGUGACAAAGACACUGUGGCCUUCAGUGACGCACCGGGUCAGAGGUCACCACGGGAUGCCAUUAAUCAGUGUUAAUUUUUUUAACAUGUAAUUUUUUCAUUGAUUAAUUAAUCAAAAUUAAUGCAUUAUUUUUGACAGCCCUAGUUAUUAUAUAAAAAAUACAUUGAGGUAAUUAAUCCAAAUUAUAAACUUUCAAUACAUUUGAACUCUGUAUUUUACUCCCACAUGUAUUUUUGGCUCCUUUUGUCUUUGCGAACACAUUUAAUCACGUAUUUACCUUUUCCUUUUUAAUAAAUGAGCCAGUAAAAGAAAAAUACUGUAAAAUAAUAAUUUUAAAAAACAGUGAUGAAAAGUUAAGACUGACAAAAAUAGAGUUUUGUUGCUUCUUGGACGUCAGAGUAAAAUGCAAAACGCAACCGCCGUCGUUUUCCCGCCCGGCUCACCUCGACUUCCUCUGUGACCCGGUGGCUCAGAUUCUGGCGAUGUUGCUCAGAUCUCGUGUACGUAUCCCGUCAUGACUGAAGGAUAUUAAAGCUCAGUGCCGUCUGAGGACGCCUGGAGCCCGCUCUCUUUAACUGUGUCCACAUCUGUCUGAACGAGUGAUUUUACUCUUCGCUGUCCUCUGAUUGGUGGACAGCAGCCUUCUUCAACUGUGAUGCUUGAUUUCUGAAUGAGGCCCCUCCCUCACUGUAAAAACACAUCAGACUCAUGUUUUCAUCACAUAAUAACCUGCACGACACACUCGCCGGGGAAACUAAACUCUUUAUUUUAAAGCAAAGAAAACUGUUUGUUUUACUUGGAGAGAUUUUAACAAGUUUUCAGAAACCAAAGGGUCACAAAAUGAAGGAGAACCUGUGAAGUUAAGUUGUGACUGCGGCCUUAAGCUUCCCUCGCCAAAGGUAAACACGCAAUUGAUAAUUAAAAAACUAAAAAAUCAGAACAUGAAUUAAACGCAGCAGCAGUGCCGGUCCUGCAGGUGCAAUGCUGCUGCAGCAUCAUCGCCUUUUAAACUUUAAAAGAAUUCAGCUAAAAGAUCUCUGAUGUCAUCACAGCGCCACCAGAGUCCGAAAUCUGAUCAGAACGUCUUUAAAGACAAUAAAUUUCUUUUCCUAUCGAUGAACGUGAGAAGAAACCAGAGCUGUACGAUGAGUUUAUAGCGUAUGCAGUGUGUUUGUUCCAGAUGGAGGCGCUGUGAUCAGGCUGAAAUUAAUUAAGACAAAAUUAUUGUCAGAUAUCUGGUUGUGCCCCCCACCCCCCCCUCGCUGGCUGUAACAUGCUCUGUAUAUUUUUAUUUCCUGUCUGUUGAUUUUCUGUCUGCUAAAGUAACAAACAUGCUUCUUAUGAUUCUUUGACUAUUUAUAUUCUAAAUCUGUGAUGAUUUUUCUUCAGCUGUACCUUUUCAUUGUUCGACCGCGGGGAUUCAGUUAUUUGUAAAUAAAGUAUAUAUACUGUA